AUGUCUGAUGUUCUGCUGCUGGAGAGGGAGAGAGACAAGGAUAGCCCACCGCGCUUGUCCCCCAGUCUGCAGCAGGACGACGACUGGGAAGCUGGUCUCGUCAAUGAGGUGCCACAGCAGAGGCUUCUUUCUGCCGAGGCCCAGACUGUCUCAAACAUUCUGGAGAACUGCAUCAGUCAAAUAGAGAUCGUAUCAUCCCUUUCUGGCUUCUCCCAAUUAGCUUGUCCAUGUGGUGAUGUAGAAGAGGAGUUUACCAGACUUCUCGCUGCGCAUCAAAUGUUAAGCGAAAGGCUGGAAUCUUCCAAUGACUUCCAGGAGAUCAUAGGUGGACCGGCGGGAGAAGAAAGUGCCAGAAGGAAAAGGAAGGCUCAGCUAGAGAGGGAAUUCAAGUACUCUGUCAGGGACUUGCUCCGGUUUUUCCGCAGCCACCCUGACACCCUUUUGGGUUUGAGACCAGAGGUUAGCAUUGACGUCGGGGAGAUGGAGUCCACACUCGUAGUGGGACUGAAGAAAUUUCAUGUGCAUAUGAUGGAAAGGUUGCAGACCACCCCAGAAGAGGAAAUUAUGUUAGCCCUUGAGACCGUGUCACCUGACACGGAACUUAUAGUCAAACUAGAAGAAACGGCAGCAGCUAUCAUACAAAAAGAUGUGGAGAUUUCCGAGAAGACAGAUGACAUCCAAACUUUGGAGCGUCUUCUUAAGGAGAACCAGAUAGAACCAGUUGACUGGCAGCUUCUCGCUGAUGAACAAUGCCAGUCCAUCAUCAAGGCGUCGCAAGAGAAGCAAACCAGCAUCCAGCAGGAAAUAGACCGACUCAACAUCCGAAUCCACACUUCGACACUUAAAUUCAGAGAGGGGGAGAAAACACUCCAAGAGAUAAAUGAAAAUGUGGAAAUGGAAAUUGAGUACUUGCUCCAAAAGUUUGACGAUGAAAUAGAAGAACACCAGACUGAACUGGAGUUAUGUCAGAUCGAUGUCGAGAGGGAAGAGGGGGAACGUAAAAGGUUGGAGGAGCCUUACGCAGACCUGGAGAAGGAAUAUGACCACAUCAUGGAGAGGCGGCGGAUUGCAGAUGAGAAAAGAGUUUCUGAGUGCAAGCUCAAGGUUGCUCUCUAUUGUCAAUCAUGGUGGAGGGGCUACUGUACUCGUAAGAUGUUACUCGCUAACCCCAUCAUACCUAGUAGUAAGGGCAAAAAGAAAGCCAAGGGCAAGGGCAAAGGUAAAGGCAAAGGCAAGAAGAAGAAAUAG